UUUUAUCGUCAACAGAAAUGGUUUUGCCGCCCAGAACAAUUUUUAGAACAAUGCGUUGAAAGCGUAAAAAUAUCUCUUUCCCUCGUUUAUUCGACGAUAACAGUGAUAACAAGUAGUUAAAUAAACAAAUAUAACUCCCAAUACAUUUAAUAAUCAUGAUUCAUAAAGAACAGAGAAAAAUUGGAAGAGGAUGCAGAAACUUUUAAGCUGUUCCAAACUCAUUUGUCAUUUAUUUAGUAAGUUGCAAUAAAAUAAUUGAACUCAUAAAUCAAUACAAUUGCUUGGUAGAGCAAAGUUUUUCAAUAUUUUCAUAACAUUUGAUAUGGUACAUCGCAUCAAGAAAGUCAAAACAAAUUCUUGAGAAAACAAUAUAGCUUGAUAAAAAUAUGGUCUGGCAAUUACGAUUACAAAAGAAAUCAAUGAUAAAAUCUAGAUCGAAUAUUGGUUGGAUGAUGACAGUUCAUUGAUAUCAAGCUGAUCUUGUUUUGCGCUUAUUAACAAUCGAAAUGCGUUUCGGCAUCACAAUGGGCUGCAGUCACUUGCGUUACCUACACAAGAAAAGUUCUCUAAAUAAAAAUAUAUUUUUUUAGUUAAAGUUGUUCUGGAUGAGAUUACUUCUGACAAAAUUUACUCUUGAACCCGUCCUACAAUCUGCGAUAACCAUUACAACAAAAAACAGAGCAAAACGAGUAUAUCUCAAAUUACAAAAACUGGCAGAAAACGAAAAUAUCCUUGGAAACAUAGGGGGAAAAUCCAGAAUAAAACCAUAAUAAUGUAUUUUUUUUGAUCAAAAAACCAUAAUAAUGUAUAAAAAACAAGAAAAGACUAUUAGAAAAAAAAAUUCAGCGCCGAUGCUCAAAAAGCCACCGGCGUAAGGUUACAAAAAAUCAUUUUCUCUCUCUUGCGGCUGAUCUAUUGUGGCUGAUCUAUUUUUCAUAUAAAGAAAAAAAUAAAAAAGGGUGCAACCCGAAACUUUUUUUUGGAAGUAACUCAUCAUAAUACUAUUCUCGCCUAAGCACACUUAACUUUGGAGUUAAGAUGAGUUUCAUAAACAAUGUUUUCGGAAUCUACUACGUUAUGUAUUGUUUUAAAUAGGAUAAAAAUGUUAGUAUGAUCAAGUUUCAGAAUAUUUUUUUUGUUAAAUGAAGGUUUAGUCCCAUCCAUUUGCUUCCAUUCACAACUUUAAUAGAUAGCAUCACAUAGAUAGUUUUAUUAUAUAUAUUGCCAGUUGUAUUUUUGUUGGACUAAUUAUAAGAGAGAGAAAAAGAGAAUAUUGAAUAUGGUUGGUAAUUUUAAAUUGGAUCAGAAAAAAUAUCUGGUUAGAGAAAACACAGAGCAUAUUACCAGUAUGCCUUACAGCGACUUUUUUUGGGAUACCUUUCUUUACCAUUUUUCCUUUUUUCUACUGCUUGGCAAGUGUUUGAAUCUAGAUCCUAAUCCACUUAACUUAAAACUAAUAUGUGCUAAUUAAAAAAAUGGUAUAAAGCUUUAUUCGAAGUUCGGAUUAAAAGCGCAAUAUGACGUACCUCUGCACUUAAAUCAUUAGCUUAUCUCUUAAUGUUCCUUUACCAUUAUCCUUUUUUUGGUCAAACCAAUAUCCCUUUUCAUUUCUUAUUUAUAUAAUUAUUUAAAAAUCUUUUAUCGCUUUGCAUCACUAGUGAAUGCUAACACUAUCGAAAAUUCGACAAAUUAAAAUUAAGGAGUCCAUGCCAAAUAUGAAAGUCGAAGUAUAUCUUUGCUAUAUAUAUAUAUAAAUAUUAAACAAUGACAUAAACAAUAACAAAAAAAAAUCGUAAUAUAAUGAAACGAAAAACAAAGUCAUGAAAUUAACGUAAUUUAAGGACCAGGGAAGUUUGUACGAAGGUGCAUAAUAUUAUUUUAGUCAUGUAUAUGUAGUAAUAAUUUGUUAUAAAAUAAUUGAACCGAUAAAUAAAUUUAUAAUUGAUUCUUGAACCAAUGGUUUAAAAAUCGAUUACAUCACAAGCAUGACAAAAUAUACAGUACAAAAUGGUAAUACUUCAUACGGUUAAGUUUCAGAAUAAUUUUGAAUACGACUAAUUGUAUUUUAUUUUAGUUUUAAAAUUGUUGACCGCACUUCAGUCAAUAAUCUAUGCUAUGUUAAAUAGAAGUAGCACCUCUUCCCCAUUUAGAACCAGAGUCUACUAGUUUUCUAAACUGUCUCAGAUGAUCCGUAAUCGUAUGGGUUAAGUGACUUAAGUCGAAAGAUUCGCACUGCGUGACGCAUCAUCUUCUCUGUAAAUAUAGGCGAGAGAGAGAGAGAGAGAUGACAGUAGAAGAGGUAGGAGAUGAUCACACAAAAGAUGGAACAGUUGAUCUUCAAGGCAAUCCUGUUCGAAGAUCCAUUAGAGGUCGAUGGAAAGCUUGUUCCUUCCUCGUCGUGUACGAGGCGUUUGAGCGGAUGGCAUAUUACGGGAUAUCGAGCAACCUAGUGAUUUACAUGACAACCAAAUUACACCAAGGCACCGUUAAGUCCGCGAAUAAUGUGACCAACUGGGUCGGGACUGUUUUCCUCACUCCUAUCUUGGGUGCUUAUGUCGCGGACGCUCAUCUUGGUCGCUACCGCACUUUCGUCAUCUCUUCUACUAUCUACUUUUUGGGGAUGUUGGUGUUAACGUUAUCAGUAUCCAUACCGGGAAUCAAACCACCAGAUUGUUCUAUGGCUAAUGCUGAAGACUGCGAACAGACUUCUAUUCUACAGUUAGCGGUUUUCUUUGGAGCAUUAUACACAUUAGCCAUUGGUACAGGCGGUACAAAAGCGAACAUUUCUACCAUCGGAGCCGAUCAGUUUGACGAGACCGACCCAAAGGAGAAGAUUCAAAAAAUGUCAUUCUUCAAUUGGUGGAUGUUUAGCAUCUUCUUUGGCACUCUCUUUGCCAAUACAGUUCUUGUAUAUGUUCAAGAUAAUGUGGGCUGGGGCUGGGGUUAUGGGAUUCCAACUUUGGGAAUUGCUAUUUCCAUCUUUGUUUUCUUAUUGGGCACUCCUUUUUACCGCCAUAAACUCCCUACGGGAAGCCCUUUCAUGAAGAUGACUCGAGUCAUUGUGGCUUCAUUUCGCAAAGCUAAUGCCCCGAUGGCACGCAGCCUCACACAAUUUCAUGAGCUGCCUUCAAUGGAAUAUGAGCGGAAAGGCACCUUUCCGAUCCAGCCCACUAAGAGUCUAAGAUUCUUAGACAGAGCUUCACUCAAAACAGGAACAACAGAUCAGUGGAAUCUUUGUACAAUCACAGAAGUCGAAGAAACAAAACAAAUGCUAAAUAUGUUACCUGCCAUGUUUGCAACUUUUGUCCCAAGCGCAACGGUCGCUCAAGUCAGCACUUUGUUUGUCAAACAAGGAACAACUCUUAACGCAAGGAUCGCCGGAAACUUCAGCAUCCCGCCAGCGAGUCUCACCGCCUUCGUCACAGUCUCAAUUCUCAUCUCCAUUGUCUUAUACGAUCGAGUCUUUGUCAAGGUAACUCGAAAAUUCACCGGUAAUCCAAGAGGCAUUACUUUGCUUCAACGAAUGGGAGUUGGUAUGAUCUUCCACAUCCUCCUCAUGACGGUCGCAUGUUUCACCGAAAGGUAUAGACUCAAAGUCGCUGCUGAUCAUGGACUCGUCCACCAAAAGGGAGUAAAACUACCAUUGUCAAUCUUCGUUUUGCUUCCUCAGUUCGUGUUAAUGGGCAUAGCUGAUGCUUUCUUAGAAGUUGCGAAGCUCGAAUUUUUCUACGAUCAAGCUCCUGAGUGUAUGAAAAGCCUCGGGGCAUCGUAUUCCUUAACGAGUUUAGGGAUCGGGAAUUUCUUGAGCAGUUUCUUGUUGUCGACGGUAUCUAAGAUAACGAAGAAACGAGGAAGAGGAUGGAUUUUGAAUAACCUUAAUGAGUCUAGGUUGGAUUAUUAUUACUUGUUUUUUGCGCUUCUUAAUUUUGUUAACUUCCUCUUCUUCUUGGUUGCGGUUAAAUUUUAUGUCUAUAGAGCUGAGGUUACUCAUCCAGUGGAUGUGAAAGAAGAGGAAGCGAAUGUGAUGGGUGUCGAGGAGAAUGAAUAAUCAAAAACUGUUUUCUAUACAGUUUUCUGCUUUCUUUAAAUUUUAGUGAACUUCUCCGUGCACUUUUGCUUUAGAUUUCAGUAUAUAUAUACAUAUAUGUAUAUAUUUUUUUAAGAAGAUAUAUAUAAUAUAUUAAGAAGUCAAAACUA